CCCGCUAAUGUGUUUAGUUAUUUCGAAAUUUUUGCAACGUUAACAUGACCCAGUAUUUGGAGUCACUUCGAAACGCAUGACGUCCUCAUUUCAAAAUAAAUCCAAACGAAAACCAGGAUGGAUCCACACCAAACAUGUAAACCUCCGCACCAUAUAUUAGGCUACACAAUACGAUCGCGAACGCGAAUUUAUGUGUCAUACGUUAUACCAAAUAUUCUCGAAUUGUUGGUCUAUAUGGCCCAAAUUACGGGUGACUGUGCCGUAAGUUACCAGCAUUUUAAAUCGCACCAACCCGACUUUGGAUGGGCUACGGCUUGCCUGAUAUGGGUGCCGCCGGUAUUCUGUUUCCUCAUAGUGAUGUGUUCCAAAGCACAGUGGGAGAAGCCCAUACGAAAUGGCACACGUUUCAAAUUCGUAUGCAAACAAUUAGUGCAGAUGAUCUUUUUCCCAUUCUUUGUUAUUUAUCGAUUCUCCAAGAGCGUAUUUUGGUCCAUUGAGGCUUUGUUCCAUGACGACGACGAUAAAGAACGUAUGCUGUGUCUCGAACGAGCAGAAGAGUGUUCCACAUUUGAACUGUAUCGUCUGAUACAGGCCUAUGGACAAUCUGCACCCCAGAUCAUCCUGCAAUUAUAUCAUAUGCUGACACAAGAUUUAUUCCGGAAUUUUCAAACGACGAAUGCCCAGGCAAUUAGUUUGGUAUUUUCCGCCAUUGAUUUGGCGUCAAUAACCACAACCUAUCAACGUUUUGAAAGUCAAAAACAAGUGGGACGUCACUAUCCAUGGUCAACGCCACAGCAAAAACAAAAGAAACAACAACUACUAGAGACAGAUCGCUGUCUCAAGGAGGAAUGUCUGCGCAAGAAAAGGCAAUCGGAACGUUCUCUAACUAAAUUUCCAGAAUCAGAUAAAAUAAUGGAAAAUUUCAAAUCCCGUUUAUCGAAUCAACCAAGCCAGGACAAUGCCAUCGAACCUCACAGUUCUGUGGGCAAUUUGAGUACAGAAAGUGUAGAGAAUGUCUCCGAACCCAUUACCCAUUCUGUUCAGGUACAUGGCUACGAUGAAACUGACAACGAAACUGGUGUUGAUAAUAGCAACGAUGAAACUGCCCUACUACAACGUCCUCCGGAGGAUUUUAACAAAACAGAUGAUGACAAACUCCAAUCCAGCCCAAGUUUCCAUUUGAAACCCAUUAAAUACCGGUCAUCGAUUACACCAACAAUUCUUGAAGAAUGUAACGAAGUACCAAAUAGUCCAGCCCCCUUACCUCCAAUGCAAACUACAGAUUUUCAUCGUGAUACAGUGGAUGCCCCCCAAUUGCGGAGCCAAACCUCUAACCAGAGCAGUAAUGAUGCGGCCUACAAACGGCGAACUCGUCCCUUUUCUCAAUUGGAGACAUUUAAGGACAUGUUGCUGGUGAAUGCCCAGCUCUACAUUAAGGAGAAUGUACCCAGACCACCAAAAAUGCUAACGAAGCGUGUCGAUGCAGCACCGAAACCAGGCAGUACGCCUCCCCAAACGCCCCGAACACCCAAAGAUGUUGUGGACUUUUUCCUGCCACGCCCCACGAAGGUGGUCAAUGGCAUAGAGCAGGAUGAUUUUGCUGGCAAGACAAUAGCAUUUUUUGGUUGGAUAGCCUUCAUCGUCAUGCGUAUGCUGUCGCUUUCCACGUUCUGUGUUUUCUUUCCCAAGGCGUUUCUCAUCAUAAUGGGAGUACACUAUUUGCUAAUGUUGGCAGCCCUGUACUUGGAGUCACGCUUCAAGGGAAGGCUUAAUCGCACCCUGUUUUACUUUCUGCUGGCCUAUGUCUACCUAUUUGUGCUUUUGGAGUUUCGCAUUAAAUUUAAACAUAUUCGCGCCUGGUUUGUGGGUUUCUUCCUUCUAACCAUGGCGGAAAAUCUAACCAUGACAAUGAUUUGGUAUGCCCGAGAAGAAUUCGAGUCAUGGUGGUUUGGUUUCAUCUUCGAGGGCAUUAUCUACAGUGGCAUACUCUUUGUGGCAACAAUUUUGGUCUAUUACUGUAUAUUGAAACCGAAAGACGUCCUAAUACUGGUCGAAGAAGACCAACAGCACUCAACGAAUAACGAACAAAAUACGAAUAGAAAUAUUUAAAAUAGGGUUAAGGUCUUUUAGAAAUAAAUAUUUUAUUUUGGAUUAAGA